GAGCCUGUGGGAGUGAGAAGAGAGUAUAAGAUCCCCUGGAACUAGAGUUGUAAGCAUCGCAUAGGUGCUAAGAACUGAUCCUGUCUCUUCUGUAAGAGCAGUAAAUGCUCUUAACUGCCGAGCCACCUCGCAGCCCUUGAUUCUCCCCAUGUAGUCAGAUCUGCCUAAGAGUGACCGCUAAUAACCACGUGACACAGUCAAUACUAGAUUGCCUUGAAACCUCCUCUGCCAGUUCUGCUUCAGCCAGACUUUUUGGAUAAGGGCAGAGCCGCCACCUCAUUUGACACCAAGGAAGGGUAUGCUGAAAGAGAGGGUCAUGGACUUGGUCACCCAGACAACCGUCCUGCCCCUGCUGUUUGGCUGCCUGGGGAUUUUCAGUCUCUUCCGGCUGCUACAGAGGAUCCGCUCAAAGGCUUAUCUGAGGAAUGCUGUGGUGGUAAUUACGGGUGCCACCUCAGGUCUUGGCAAAGAAUGUGCCAGAGUCUUCCAUGCUGCAGGGGCUAAACUGGUCCUCUGUGGACGGAAUGUGAAGGCUCUUGAGGAGCUCACCCGUGAACUUGCUGGUUGUUCUUCUUCUCAGGGACAGACACACCAGCCGUUCAUGGUGACCUUUGACCUCACAGAUCCUGGUACUAUUGCUACUGCAGCCGCUGAGAUCCUUCAGUGCUUUGGCCAUGUGGACGUUCUCAUUAAUAAUGCUGGGGUCAGCUACCGUGGUACCAUCAGUGAUACCAUAGUGGACGUGGACCGGAAGGUGAUGGAAAUAAACUAUUUUGGCCCUGUUGCUCUAACAAAAGCACUCCUGCCCUCCAUGGUGGAAAGGAAGCAAGGCCACAUUGUCGCCAUCAGCAGCAUCCAGGGCAAGAUCAGCAUUCCUUUCCGAUCGGCAUAUGCAGCCUCCAAGCAUGCAACCCAGGCAUUCUUUGACUGUCUGCGGGCAGAGAUGGAAGAGGCUAACAUCAAGGUGACUGUGAUAAGCCCUGGCUACAUCCAUACCAACCUCUCUGUAAAUGCUGUCACUGCCGAUGGCUCCAGAUAUGGAGCUCUAGACAAGAACACAGCCCAGGGUCGAAGCGCCGCGGAGGUGGCCCGGGAUGUCUUUGACGCUGUGGAGAAGAAGAAAAAAGAUGUUCUCUUGGUUGACUUUCUGCCGGCCAUGGCUGUCUACAUCAGAACUCUGGCUCCUGGACUUUUCUUCAGAAUCAUGGCCUCUAGGGCCAGAAAAGAACGAAAAUCCAAGAGCUCCUGAUGUUGGUGGAGCUGCUAGCUUGGGCAGCCUGAUAAGACUGAGUGCCACACCUUCCUGGGCUGGGAUUGCAGUGCACGGGGUCUGCAGCUGAGACCUGGUGGAGGGCUAUCUUGUGUUUGUUUCCCAGGGAGUGGAUUAGCCCUUAGGGAGUGAAAUAUGGAGUUGUGUGGGGACUCUAAAAGAUGUAAAAUAAAUGACUGAACCGUGGUCAGAGUUCACAGUAGAAGAACCACGUGUCUCGGACAUCCCUACAUCAGAAGUGGUUCUGGAGGUUUGGAGACCAGGCACAAUAGCACAGGCCCUAAAUCUGGCUUUUUGUUUUGUUUUUCAAGACAGGGCUUCUCUGUGUAGCCCCAGCUGACCUGGAACUCACUCUAUAGACCUUAAACUUAAGAAUCCACUUGCCUCUGCCCCCCAACCUCCAGGGCUAGGAUUAAAGGUGUGUACCACCCCCAUCUACUUAUUGGAGACCACUGGCCCAAUUCUUAUGGUAAAGGCCUGAGGGAGGUGGCCUUAAGAUGGUCCCAGGACCUGCUCUUACUGUAGAAAGUGUGUGAGUGUGUGAUGGAUGUUUGGUGUAUCCUAUGUAGUGCCAGCUUUAGCAUCAGGAAGAAUUCCCCCUGGUCCUGCUAUUACAGCAGCCUCACCAGAUACCAUUCCAAGGUGAAGGUGAACCUGUUAGAGAGCAGCCAACAACGAGAGUCCUACUAAGUGACUUUGUAAGAAGGCUCUCAGACUGCAGAAGUCGGGACUGUGGUUGCACUUCUCAGGCAGUACCUUGACUCUAGGCAGAGCUAGGAAGAGCCCUUGUGUUCGCCUUUUGGUUUCUGUGUAGCCCUGGCUGUCCUGGAGCUCCCUCUGUAGACCAGCCUGACCUCAAACUCAGAGAUCUGCCUGCCUCUGCCUCCUGAGUGCGUGGCAUGAAAGGCAUGAACCACCAUUGCACCACCACUGUCUGGCCACCUCUGACUUAUGAAAAAGGCAUGGUGCGCAGGUCAACUUCAUUUUCCAAGUUUAGAAAGAAAUCUUUUGUGUUACAGAAACUGAACGCUGAAACUAUAGGUCCACUGGAGAUCUCCCCAGAUAAAACUCCCUUAUAAAGCUGUCAUGUUCACUUAGCUCUGGGCCUGCUGAAUUGCCUUUAAAAUGAACAGAUAAACAUUGUGUGUUGAGAA